CUCUAGGCAACCGUGCAUCCUGCUGCUGCAGAGCGCUGCCCAUCAACAGUCUCUUCCAUGCAGGAGGAGACCAAGGCCAAGGAGGAGGAAGGUGUUCCUGAUGAGGAGGGCUGGGUGAAGGUGACCCGCAGGGGCCACAGGCCUGUGCUCCCUCAAACAGAAGCAUCCAGCCUGCGUGUUCUCAAGAGGGAGAAAAGGAAACGUGCACGCAAGGAGCUGCUCAACUUCUAUGCCUGGCAGCACCGAGAGACCAAGAUGGAGCAUCUGGCACAGCUGCGCAAGAAGUUUGAGGAGGACAAGCAGAGGAUUGAACUGAUGCGUACCCAAUGCAAAUCCUGACCCUACUGAGCUGUUCUGGUCCCUGGAGAGCAGGCUUUGAAAACACAGGACCAACAGGACUGCUCCCUCAGGGACUGUGAUUUGGGAAGCAGACACCAGGCCAAGAAGCUGCUGCUUUGUCUCCAGCUCCAUCUCUGUACCCACUGGCUGG